AAUCGUUAAAGCCACUUCUAAUACGUGCAAGUUUGUUCUACAAGGGAUUACUUGGCGUUUAACAAUGGUUCAUUUAUUGAGAUCUUCAUUACUCAGGUAUUCAGUUUGAGAAUUUUCAAGGAAAAUCACCAGUUUCUACAGUACAACAACAUGGAAAGAACCAGCAUUACUUCGCUCUCGCCUCUCCUGCUGCUACUGUUGCUUACUACUGCGAGCAUUGUUACAGCAGCUGAGCUCCGUCGUGUAUGUUACUUUACCAACUGGUCCCAGUACCGAGUUGGUGACGCAAAGUUUCUUCCGAGUGAUUUUGACCCGCAGUUAUGCACUCAUAUUUGCUAUGCAUUUGCUAAACUUACUAACCACAAAUUAGACGCGACCGAAUGGAAUGAUUUUAGCACAAAAAAUUUAAAAGGAAUGUAUGAAAAGGUGAAUGAUCUAAAAAAGAGCAAUGCCCAACUUAAGACUCUUCUGUCUUUAGGAGGAUGGGCUAUGGGCACGCAGCCGUUCACUGAAAUGGCUGCAACUGCAGAUACACGCAAGGUGUUCAUAGAUAGUGCUAUUGUGUUCCUUCGUAAAUGGUCGUUUGAUGGUUUGGACUUAGACUGGGAAUAUCCUGCCGGCCGCGGAAGUCCUGCUCAGGACAAAGGACGUUUCACUCAACUUCUUAAAGAAUGUCACGAAGCUUUCGAGAAGGAAUCGACUCUUACUGGUAAGCCACGCUUGUUGCUCAUCGCUGCAGUUCCGGCUGGAAAACCACAAAUAGACGCUGGAUAUGAUAUCAAAGCUUUACACCCAUAUGUCGACUUCCUCAAUGUGAUGACUUAUGAUUAUCAUGGUACCUGGGAAAAAACCACAGGACAUAACAGUCCCUUCAACGCAUCUGGUGAUAGCGCAGCUAAAUCCGUGGUAUGGAGCAUGGACUAUUGGAUGAAACAAGGAGUUCCAUUGAAUAAACUUAAUGUUGGAUUGCCAUUUUAUGGCCGAUCUUUUACAUUAGCUAAUCAGGACAAAAAUGGGCUGGGGGCUUCAGCCACUGGUGGAGGCACAGCCGGCAAGUUCACAGGAGAAGUGGGACUUUUGGCCUAUUAUGAGAUUUGCCAAAUGAUACAAACUUCUACAGUAAAAAGAUUGACAGUUGAAAAGGUACCCUAUUUGGUUUCAGGUGACCAGUGGAUUGGAUAUGAUGACCCAGAAAGUAUUUACUUGAAGGCGAGCUGGGCAAAGCAAUCUAAAUUUGGUGGCAUUUUCCUCUGGGCCAUCGCCCUAGAUGACUUCCGUGGUACUUGUCCUGGCAGUCAACCCUUUAUUUUAAUGAAGACAAUUAUUAGUGCACUCGAAGAUAAACCUCAAAUAACAAGUUCUACGACCGAAACGCCUAGCGUGACGCCGACAACUACAACACAGGCAACAACAACACAGGCAACUACAACACAGGCAACAACAACACAGGCAACAACAACUGAUUCAACUCCUGAAUGCGCGCCACCCGCAAAUCAGUAGCUGUGACUCCUGUGACUCCCCUCUCAACGUUCCUGGAUGUUCAUGCUGAUGACGGCCAUGAUGUUAAUGAGUAAUGGCGAUUAUGAACACCAUAAUGAUGAGGAUGUUGAUAAACAGCGGUGAUGGUGAAGAUUAUAAUAAAAUGUAUUUAACCGCUGGAAAUUGUUUUGAAACUUAAUAAAAACGCAUAGAUAAAUUA